AUGAGCUACACUUUGGACUCGCUGGGCAACCCGUCCGCCUACCGGCGGGUAACCGAGACCCGCUCCGGCUUCAGCCGCCUCAGCGGCUCCCCGUCCAGCGGCUUCCGCUCGCAGUCAUGGUCCCGGAGCUCGCCCAGCACCGUGUCCUCCUCCUACAAGCGCAGCGCGCUGGGGCCGCGCCUCACCUACAGCUCUGCCAUGCUCAGCUCCGCCGAGAGCAGCCUCGACUUCAGCCAAUCCUCGUCCCUGCUCAACGGCGUCUCCGCGACGGGCGGCGACUACAAGCUGUCCCGCUCCAACGAGAAGGAGCAGCUGCAGGGGCUGAACGACCGCUUCGCGGGCUACAUCGAGAAGGUGCACUACCUGGAGCAGCAGAACAAGGAAAUCGAGGCGGAGAUCCAGGCGCUGCGGCAGAAGCAGGCUUCGCACGCCCAGCUGGGCGACGCCUACGACCAGGAGAUCCGUGAGCUGCGGGCCACACUCGAGAUGGUGAAUCACGAGAAGGCUCAGGUGCAGCUGGACUCGGACCACCUGGAGGAAGACAUCCACCGGCUCAAGGAGCGCUUCGAGGAGGAAGCGCGGCUGCGCGACGACACCGAGGCGGCCAUCCGAGCGCUGCGCAAAGACAUCGAGGAGGCGUCGCUGGUGAAGGUGGAGCUGGACAAGAAGGUGCAGUCGCUGCAGGACGAGGUGGCCUUCCUGCGGAGCAAUCACGAGGAAGAAGUGGCCGACCUGCUGGCCCAGAUCCAGGCGUCACACAUCACCGUGGAGCGCAAAGACUACCUGAAGACAGACAUCUCGUCGGCGCUGAAGGAAAUCCGCUCCCAGCUCGAGUGCCACUCCGAUCAGAACAUGCACCAGGCGGAAGAGUGGUUUAAGUGUCGCUACGCCAAGCUCACCGAGGCGGCCGAGCAGAACAAGGAGGCCAUCCGCUCCGCCAAGGAAGAGAUUGCCGAAUACCGGCGCCAGCUGCAGUCCAAGAGCAUCGAGCUCGAGUCGGUGCGUGGCACCAAGGAGUCCCUGGAGCGGCAGCUCAGCGACAUCGAGGAGCGCCACAACCACGACCUCAGCAGCUACCAGGACACCAUCCAGCAGUUGGAAAACGAGCUUCGGGGCACAAAGUGGGAAAUGGCCCGUCAUUUGCGAGAAUACCAGGAUCUCCUCAACGUCAAGAUGGCUCUGGAUAUUGAGAUCGCUGCGUACAGAAAACUGCUGGAAGGUGAAGAGACCAGAUUUAGCACAUUUUCAGGAAGCAUCACUGGACCACUGUAUACACACCGACAGCCCUCCAUCACAAUAUCCAGUAAGAUUCAGAAAACUAAGGUGGAGGCUCCCAAGCUAAAGGUCCAACACAAAUUUGUCGAGGAGAUCAUCGAAGAAACCAAAGUGGAAGAUGAGAAGUCAGAAAUGGAAGAGGCCCUGACCGCCAUUGCAGAGGAAAUAGCAGUUUCCAUGAAAGAGAAGGAGGAAGAAGAGGUGGAGGAAAAGGAAGAGCAACAAGAAGCUGACGAAGUGGUAGCAACCAAAAAGUCUCCAGUGAAAGCUACCGCACCUGAACUUAAAGGAGAGGAGGAAGGAGACAAGGAGGAGGAGGAGGAGGAGGAGGAAGAUGAGGGUGCUAAGUCAGACCAAGCUGAAGAAGGGGGGUCCGAGAAGGAAGGUUCUAGUGAAAAAGAAGAAGAUGAGCAGGAAGAAGAAGGAGAGACAGAGGCAGAAGGUGAAGGAGAGGAAGUUGAAACGAAGGAAGAAAAGAAAACCAAAGAAAAGAAGGAAGAAGUAGUCACCAAGGUGGAGCUGGUGGCAGAAGCCAAGGUGGAAAAGCAGGAGAAGGCCAAGUCCCCCAUGCCAAAAUCGCCAGUGGAGGAGGUGAAGCCAAAAGCAUUAGCUGGAGCUGGGAAAGAUGAGCAGAAAGGGGAAGAAGGGAAAGUAGAGGAAGGAAAGAAAGAAGCAGCAAAGGAAUCUCCUAAGGAGGAGAAGGUAGAGAAAAAGGAGGAGAAGGUAGAGAAAAAGGAGGAGAAGAUAGAGAAAAAGGAGGAGAAGAUAGAGAAAAAGGAGGAGAAGCUGAAAGAUGUGGUAGAGAAGAAGAAAGCUGCUUCCCCGGUGAAGGAAGAAGCCAUGCAGGAGGUGGUGACCAUCACCAAAUCAGUAAAGGUGAGCGUGGAGAAAGGUGCCAAAGAGGAGGAGAAACCUGGGCAGCAGAAGAAAGUAGAAGUGGAAGGAGGGAGCAAGGAGGAAGGCAGUGAUCAAGGCUCAAAGGAAUCCACAAAGGAAGACAUAGCCAUCAAUGGGGAGGUGGAAGGAAAGGAGGAGGAAGAGCAGGAAACGAAAGAGAAAGGUAGUGGGGGAGAAGAGGAGAAAGGUGUUGUCACCAAUGGCCUAGACUUAAGUCCAGCAGAUGAAAAGAAGGGGGGUGAUAAAAGUGAGGAAAAAGUGAUGGUGACCAAAACGAUAGAAAAAAUCACCAGUGAAGGGGGAGAUGGUGCUACCAAGUAUAUCACUAAAUCUGUCACUGUCACUCAAAAGGUAGAAGAGCAUGAGGAGACCUUUGAGGAGAAAUUAGUGUCUACUAAAAAGGUAGAGAAGGUCACUUCACACGCCAUAGUAAAGGAAGUCUCCCAGGGUGACUAA